ACAGCAUCAUCCAAAUCGGAAGCCGCAAUAUCCUUUUUAGCAGCAACUGCAACGAAUACCACAGGACAAACGAAAAUAAAGCCCGCUAUUAAAGUGCCAAAAGUGAGUUUCGCACCACUCGACAUUGAGUUACCGCCUAGCGCACCGAUAGCCACGUGAUACGAAAACAUGCCGCACAACAACAUUGUCUGUGAAUGGCUGCGCGCCAUUGGACUCAGUCAAUAUGCGGAAAGUUUUAUGGAGAAUGGUUAUGAUGAAUUAGAAAUAUGCAAGCAAAUCGGAGAAAUCGAUUUAGAUGCAAUCGGCGUGGACACUGCACAGCACCGCAGUAAACUACUGAAAAGUGUACGGACGCUAAGGGAGAAAGGUGCGGCAAUUGUUUACGUGAUGAUCAAUGAUCCAAAGGCCUUAAGUAAUAGCAAUGAAAUAUUAAGCUCAGAAUGUGAUACACCCACCACAAUGAAGGAACUACAAGCUGUGAUGAAGCGACAUCUCGAAGCGGAUGGCAUACGUUUAACAGCGCAUCCUUAUUCAACACCGGUGAGUAUAGUAUAG